AUGCCACCCUGCCCCAUGCCACCCUGCCCCAUGCCACCCCACAUAAUCCAUCCCCAGUCCCAUGCCACCCUGCCCCAUGUAUCCCUGCCCCAUGUAUCUCCACUCCACUCCCCUGCCCCAUGCAUCCCCAUGCCACCCAGCCCCAUGCCACCCUGCCCCAUGCCACCCUGCCCCAUGCAUCCCCAUGCCACCCAGCCCCAUGCCACCCAGCCCCAUGCCACCCUGCCCCAUGCCACCCUGCCCCAUGCCACCCCUCCCCAUGCCACCCUGCCCCAUGUAUCCCCAUCCCACUCCCCUGCCCCAUGCAUCCCCAUGCCACCCUGCCCCAUGCCACCCUGCCCCAUGCCACCCAGCCCCAUGCCACCCAGCCCCAUGCCACCCUCCCCCAUGCCACCCAGCCCCAUGCCACCCUGCCCCAUGUAUCCCCAUCCCACUCCCCUGCCCCAUGCCACCCCACAUAAUCCAUCCCCAGUCCCAUGCCACCCUGCCCCAUGUAUCUCCACUCCACUCCCCUGCCCCAUGCAUCCCCAUGCCACCCAGCCCCAUGCCACCCUGCCCCAUGCCACCCUGCCCCAUGCCACCCUGCCCCAUGCAUCCCCAUGCCACCCAGCCCCAUGCCACCCAGCCCCAUGCCACCCUGCCCCAUGCCACCCUGCCCCAUGUAUCCCGACCCCACCCCCCUGCCCCAUGCCACCCUGCCCCUUGCCACCAUGCCCCAUGCACCCCCAAUCCAUCCCCAUGCCACCCUGCCCCAUGCCACCCCACAUAAUCCAUCCCCAGUCCCAUGCCACCCUGCCCCAUGCCACCCUGCCCCAUGCCACCCUACAUAAUCCAUCCCCAGUCCCAUGCCACCCUGCCCCAUGUAUCCCCACCCCACUCCCCUGCCCCAUGCAUCCCAUGCCACCCUGCCCCAUGCCACCCUGCCCCAUGCCACCCUGCCCCAUGCAUCCCCAUGCCACCCAUCCCCAUGCCACCCAUCCCCAUGCCACCCAGCCCCAUGCCACCCUGCCACCCAGCCCCAUGCCACCCUGCCCCAUGCAUCCCCAUCCCACUCCCCUGCCCCAUGCAUCCCCAUGCCACCCUGCCCCAUGCAUCCCUGCCCCAUGCCACCCAGCCCCAUGCCACCCAGCCCCAUGCCACCCUGCCCCAUGCCACCCAGCCCCAUGCCACCCUGCCCCAUGUAUCCCCAUCCCACUCCCCUGCCCCAUGCCACCCCACAUAAUCCAUCCCCAGUCCCAUGCCACCCUGCCCCAUGUAUCCCUGCCCCAUGUAUCUCCACUCCACUCCCCUGCCCCAUGCAUCCCCAUGCCACCCAGCCUCAUGCCACCCUGCCCCAUGCCACCCUGCCCCAUGCCACCCUGCCCCAUGCAUCCCCAUGCCACCCUGCCCCAUGCCACCCUGCCCCAUGCCACCCUGCCCCAUGCCACCCUGCCCCAUUGGGGGGAGGAGUGCACAGGGAUAAUGAGGCUGAGCGGAGCUGGCAGUGCCAUCGCUGGGCUCUGGGGUGGGCACCACCACCACCACCACCACCACCACCACGCCAUGCCUCCUCUUAGAUCUACACACAGAUGCCAGUACGCUGCCAAGCAUGCGGAGGAGGAGGAGGAGGAGGAGGAGGGCCUGGAGACCAGGGCACACCAGGGGGCAGAGUGGAGCGAUGCCAAGACUGCCAAUGGGGCUGCGGCGUUGGCGUGGGCCCCGUGUCCCCCCAGUGAGCGCGUGCGGGGGCCUCGUCUCCUGCGUGCGGAGGAGUGGGAGUGGAGCCGGAGCAGCAGCUUUUCAGACGGGCAGUUGAGCGGGCAGCCCGAGAGGCAGUACUGGGAGCCCUGCCAGGCCUAUGGUGGAGGAGGAGAAGGCUCGUUCGUGACGAAGCAGCCUGUGAGUGAGGAGCUGGAGUGCAGCUCGUGCCUUGAGGAUGCCCUGCAGGACACCGUAGCUUGGCUCUCUCUGAAGGACGAGGAGCUCUCCCACGCCUGGGCCCCAGGGGGCGACGUAGCGACACUGCAGCACCAGAAAGAGGAACAUCAGCUCUUCACUGAGGAGGUGAAGUCCAGAGGCACCUGCAUCCUCUCCCUACUGGAGUCUGCCCAGGAGUACACCUCACACUUCCCCUCGCUACUACACACAGAAGACCCCCUCAGCAGCCAAGAAGCGGACCCAGAAGAGCAGACUGAGGCAGGCCGCGUGUGGCACCAGGCCGAGGUGAUGGAGUCCCUGUGGGGCCAGCUGAUGGAGGACUGCUCCUUGAGGGAGAGGCACCUGGAGGCGGCCCUGGUCCUCAUGGAGGAGCUGCAGGGGUCGCUGGGCUUCGUGGCCCAGGAGCUGGGGGAGGCGGUGGGGGUGCAGGAGGCCUGGGAGCCCCUGGGGGAGCUGCUGGUGGAUGCCCUGCAGGACCACAUUGACGCCAUUCGGUUGUUUGAAGAGGAGUUGGUGCCCGUGGGUGAGGGAGUGCGGCGGGCCAAUGAACUGGUCCAGCAGCUCAGCGUUUCGGGGGUGCAGCUGGCACCCCAUAAUACACAGCUCCUGACGCAGCUCAACCACCAGUGGACCACGCUACAGGACUCAAUAGAGGUGAGACUAAGGGACCUACAGGAUGCCCAUAAAAGCUUUGGCGCCAGCUCCCAGCACUUUCUCUCAGGAUCAGUACAAAGGCCCUGGGAGAGAGCUAUAUCACCUAACAGAGUCCCCUACUACAUCAAUCAUGAAGUUCAGGCCACAAGCUGGGAUCACCCACAGAUGACAGACCUCUAUAAGGCCAUGGCUAAUUUGAACAACAUCCGUUUCUCUGCCUACAGAACUGCUAUGAAGUUGAGGCGAGUACAGAAAGCCUUGAGAUUGGACCAGGUGAAGCUGACCACAGUGGCAGUGGUCGGCGACGGCGAUGGUGAUGGCGAGGGUGCGGAGGUGAUGGAUGUAAUGGAGGUCAUCCACACGCUGGGGGCGCUGUACGAGCAGCAGGAGGAGGAGAGCGGCCAGCAGCUGGACAUCCCACUCUGUGUGGACAUGAGCCUCAACUGGCUGCUCAACGUCUAUGACAGUGGUCGCCAGGGGAAGGUGCGUGUCCUGUCCUUCAAGACUGGCCUGGUGUGCCUGUGUAACGCUGACAUCAAGGACAAAUGCAAAUACCUGUUCCAGCAGGUGUGUGGGGUGGAUGGGCGGUGCGACAGGAGUCGCCUGGCCGCCGUGCUGACGGAGCUGAUGCUCAUCCCUCGGCAGCUGGGGGAGGUGGCCGCCUUCGGAGGGAGCAACGUGGAGCCCAGCGUCGCCAGCUGCUUCCGAAUGGUCCCAGGGAAGGCGUCCGUGGGCCUGAGUGACUUCCUGGAGUGGAUGGCCCUGGAGCCCCAGUCGGUGGUGUGGCUCCCGCUGCUGCAGAGAGUGGCCCAGGCGGAGAGUACGCUACACCAGGCACGCUGCUCCGUAUGCAGACACAGCCCCAUACGGGGGUUUAGGUACCGCAGCUUGAAGCAGUUCAACGUGGACAUCUGCCAAUCCUGCUUCCUGUCCGGACAGGCUCUGAAGGGCAAGCCUCUGCAUUAUCCAAUCAUCGAGUAUUACACGCCGAGCACAUCUGGAGAGAAGAUGCGGGACUUUGCAGAGACCCUGAAGAACAAGUUCCGCUCUAAGCAGUACUUCAGCAAGCACCCCCAGAGGGGAUACCUGCCCGUGCAGUCAGCCAUGGGACCGGAGAGGGAGAGCAGUCCGGCAUCAUCUCCAAAACUCUCCCAUGUGGAGACACACUCCAGAAUCGAACAAUUUGCCAACAGAUUGGCUCAGAUGGAACACCAAAACUGCUCCUUCUUCAACCACAGCCUUGAUGAGGACCAGUACCCUCUGGGGUCGGGGGUGGAGUUGGAGCAUCCUGCCCUCCACCACCUGCUCAGUGGCAGCUGCAGCGGCCGCGAGAGCCAGGAGGAGCUGCAGCAGACCAUCGCCAUCCUGGAGGACCAGAACAGAAUCCUGCAGAGGGAGUACCGGCGCCUGCGAUGGCUGCACACAGAGACAGAGCAGGCCUCCCCUUGCGGUGGUGGUGGUGGGGGCCAGGGCCAGGAGGACGAGGCCCUGCUGGAGGAGGCUCGCAUGCUGAAGCAGCACCGGGGACGGCUGCAGACGCGCAUGCACAUCCUGGAGCAGCACAACCAGCAGCUGGAGUCCCAGCUACACCGGCUCAGGACACUGCUCAAGGUGGGACAGCACUGA